AUGUCGCCUAUAGUUACAACUACGAGAAGUCAUUCUGUAAAACGUAACAAAAGGCCUUCGACGUAUUCUCGUUGGACUUUGGAAGAAGAUGAAUUAUUGCGCCAAGCUGUGCAAGUUCACGGACCUCAUAAAUGGUCUCUAAUUGCUUCUCAUGUACCGAACAGAACUCCCAUGCAAUGCUCUACAAGGUGGCUAGGAGCCUUAAACCCGAAUAUUCAUAAGGGAAGAUGGACAGAAAACGAAGAUGCUAUACUACGUUAUUCUGUACUUGAAUACGCGAGUGUGACCGAUCCAGAAGGGCGAAUUCAACCUAUCCCUUGGAAUAAAAUAGCUGAACGAAUUCCAAACCGGACAGGUAUUCAAUGUCAAGCAAGAUGGACCGAAGCAUUAGAUCCUUAUGUCCGUAAAGGAAAAUGGGGUUUGGAAGAAGACGCUUUAUUGAGAAUGGGUGUAACUGAUUUUGGCCGUUGCUGGAUAAGAAUAGCCGAGACGAUUCCCGGGAGGACACAGAGGCAAUGUCGCACGCGUUGGAUGCAAAUAAAAUAUAAGGAAGAUCGUCAGCAAAGAUCAGAGCAGAAGAGAAAGUUAAACGAGGCCGAUGAUGCUUCUUCUCAAAGCUACAUUUCUUCGGACGAGGACGAUGUUGAUGAGGUAGAGAUGCAACAACAACUUCAGCAACAGAAGAAAUCGCAUCAUCAGCAACAGGUUCCAUCUUUUUUUAUUGUUGAUGAUUUCGACACACAACUUCAUCAAUCCAAUGUGACUCCUCCUCCACCUCCACCUGCCCCCGUAGUUGAGUUUUUAAAAGAGGAAGACUUCUUCUUAUCAACAGAUUGGUCUUUGAAUGACUACCAACAACAACAUAAUUAUGAUUUUAAUUAA